AUAUAAUUGUAGAUGUAGAAUGAAACGUUCAUCGUUAUGAUGAUAACUAAACAAGGAUAUUGGUAUCGAUUGCUAUUGGCAAUCACGAUUUUGUCUGGGCAUGUUAAAGCGGAAAAGCAAAAGCGGCAGAUUUUUCGAGAGCAAGUGCUACCAGCAUUGGGUGGUAAGAUUCCAGAGGAAGCUUUCAAAACGGAUCGCUUGGCACUGAAUCGAUUGAACAAAGAAGGUAUUACUAUACCUGACGGUAUCAUCUUAGAUGCUCGGCAUGUUCAUAAACAUCCUCAUUUCGAUCAAAGAAUGCCGGAAAUAAUUAAGGUCUAUCUAACAUCAGACGGUCGAUAUGUACCGCCGGAAGGCCGAGCUCACUAUAAUCAUCCGAAAACCGUCGAUACAACUUACAUUAUACGAAAACCGUUUAUGCACACAAAUUACCAAACGUCAAACAAUUUCGAAAACAUUAAACUCCGAAGUUAUCCGAAGCCACAGAUUUAUUCGAAUUAUAGACAAUUUGUACCGAUUGUACCACCCAUCAAACCGGGUAUUUAUAAGCCUAUUGUAACACCUUUAAUAUUACCGGCUGAUAAGGAUUUGUUUGAUUUAUCAAACUGGAGAAUGGGAUAUGAUUGGGACACCGUAUAUGAACCAUUUGAUGAUUACUUUGUUAAUAACAUCGCGCUCUUCAAUUCACAUCAGAUUAUAGAGGAUUAUCAAGGAUUUCUCAAUGAAUUUCAUAAACGACCGUCGUGAGCUCAAAAAGUAGCAACAUGGAUCAACAGCAUAGCUAAAUCCGAAAGUACCAGGAUUCGAAACUAUCGUCAAUACUUUACCAUAAAGUCAGCUCGAAUAUCACCAAUUCUCAUAAUUCUGCCUACAGUGUCGCAAGUAUAUCGUAAACUAGUUUUUCUUGUCACGGAAGAAAAGAAAAAUUUGUCGACAUCAAAACCAAAUGCCAAGCGAAACUGGCUCAUUGGCCUUCGUUUCAUAUCUAUAUGUAUC